UGCGUUCUAAACUGCUGAAUUCAAAAUAUUAAUUUUCUUUUUUUUAAUUAGAGAAGAAGUUAACGGAAAUAUGUGCGCAAACAACAAAGUACGUCAUCUUUCUAGCUCGCUCCCGCCAAAUUAGACAGAUGUAUCAAUUCAACAUCUUACACAUUUCUGGCGCCUGGACAAAUUCUCGACAAAGUCCACCAGGAGAGAUGGCCAGUUGCUCAAAGGAUACUUCGUCAUCACUUUGGACCACAAGUCAAAAACAAAAAUCAACAAAGAAAAAGAAAUCCAAAAAAAGACACAGAGAAAAGGAAGAGGAGAAAUAUUGCAGGGAGCACAGAAAAAAAUCUGGUAAAAAAUCUGCCCUGCCACUAAGUGAUGCUCCGUCCCUACAGGGGGAAAACUUCAAGGUAUCUCACAAGCUUGACAGAAGCUGCACAGGUAUCCCUCCCAUCCAAACCCAAGACCCCGGAGCAGACCUGAAGAAGUCUUCAAAAACUAAAAAAUGCUCCAGUCAACAUGCCAACCCUGACAGAGCCAAACCUAAGAAAAGAGUGGUCUUUGAUUUGUCCCAAAAUGGCUCAGUGGUGAAAGAAUACUCAGAGGGACCAAGAGUUUGCUCCCAAAUUGCAUGCAACAGAGUUGGUCAUCAAUGUAUCAAGCCAGAGCCAGAGGAAAGCCCUGACGGCAUUGAUAGCCAGGAGCUGUUCAUCACUCAGAAUAAGUUUUUAUCUCCUUCCCUCUUCCAGGACAGCGACGAGGAUGUGUCUCAGACACCUGACCUCAGUCUGACAGCAUUUCAACAGCCACCUGCUAGUCCUGUAUCAACGGCUGACGCAGCCAAUCAGACAGAGAACUUUUUCACACCGAGACUCGCAGGUUUUCUUAGCUUUAAACGGAGAACACUGACCAAAUGUGCAGAGCAACCUGUUGACCUGAGCUUGCCCCAUCGACAGCGAGACCAGCAGGUGGGUGGCGAUGAAAGAGAGGAGACCGAUGUGGGGCACCAGGGGACUGGUAAGCUGGAUCUCAGUCAGGGAAAGGUAGUGCAGACCCGCCUCAACGAGUCAUUCUUUUUCAAGUUAAAAGGGAAAAAAGAUUCCCCAAAGGCACUCUGUCCUUUGAAAAAAAUCAAGAAGGACUGUGGGAAGAAACAGAAAAAGUGAACGUUUAAAGCCAAUUUCUCACUGAUGAGCCCAAUUGAAGUUCCGUAGGCCUAAUACCACAUGCUGUUUAUCUGUUAAAUGCCAUUAUCUGUGGUUACAAUUGUUAAAUGUGUGUGCCAAUGCUGCAUUAAUUUUGAGUGGCUCAUAAUUAUAUUCACAGGUUUGUGCAAGGUUUAUGAUUGUGAAAAGUUGUCAUUUUUAUUGUAUAGGCUACUGUUGCUCAUCUAUAUAGUUCAGAAGGUAUGGUAACCUAGUCUGCAAAUCCAAUUACUAAUAAUAAAACAAUUGCACAGAGA